AACAUUUCAGAAAUUAUACCAGAGGAUGGGAACCUGGGGACAGAUUUUAGCCCAAUGGUGAAUGGUAAACCAGGAAAGGAGAGGAAGCCAAGCGAAACCGAGCUUCCAGAAAUGGCAGAAAAUGUCGAUAAUAUAGAUUACUACACGGCGGUUGAAAAUGGCGAAGACGAAAGUGAAACUGGCGAAGUUGAAACAGUUAUGAAACCGGAAGAAACAGUAGCCGUUCCAAAAAGAGUUGAAAAAACAGUUACCGAAGAAGCAAGCAUGAUGCUCCCAGAGAUUUCUGAAUCAAUCGACGAAAGUAUUACGAGCAUGUCCAAAGCUUCUACUGUUUCCAGCAAAACCGUCAUAAAAAGCCAAAAAGUUACAACACCUAAACCGCCUAGAACUUCCAGGUACAACAUCAAAUUGGCCAUCAGCAAUAUUCGUUAA